UACUUGGCUUUAUUUUUCUUUCGAGACGUAUAAAAGCGAAAUGGGUGAUUUGUACGACCGCAGGUUAUCUUCAACUGUUAUAGGAGAAUAAGAUUUCAAAAUGUCGCGAUUGUGCAUCCUUGUAAGUGUCCUGUUGGCGUCAGCAUAUGGCAGCGUUCUUCCAGAAAGUGAUGCACUAUUGUCAAUUCUUCCAAGACCACACUACGAACAGUCCGGUGAAAUAGAAUCACCGAGGGGAAAUCGCAUUGUGGGUGGUUAUGAAAUUGACAUUACCGAUGCUCCUCAUCAGGUAUCCCUCCAGUCACGAGGUAGUCACAUCUGUGGUGGAUCGAUCAUAUCCUCCAAAUGGGUACUUACGGCGGCACAUUGCACGGAUGGAGCCUCCGUGUCGAAUCUACGUGUUAGAGUAGGAUCCACCAAACAUGCCUCCGGUGGUCAAGUAAUUGCCAUCAGUCGCAUAGUCCAGCAUCCGCAGUUCAGCUACAGUACGAUCGAUUAUGAUUACUCUCUACUGCAGCUUGCAAAGACGUUGUCCUUGAACAAUAGUUCUCACGUCAUUACCCUGCCCGAGCAGGAUGAAUCCCUCCCAGAUGGUACACUUUGUGAGGUCUCUGGCUGGGGAAACACCCAGAGCAUAACCCAAUCUCGUGACAAGCUUCGUGCGGCCUACGUUCCAUCCUACAACCAACAACAGUGCAAUCAAGCAUACCGUUUGUAUGGUGGUGUAACAGAUCGCAUGAUUUGCGCCGGUUUUCAACAGGGUGGCAAGGACGCCUGUCAGGGAGAUUCUGGUGGUCCUCUGGUGGCCAACGGAAAGCUGGUCGGAGUCGUAUCGUGGGGUUUGGGCUGUGCCCAACCCAACUAUCCGGGCGUCUACUCUCGGGUGGCCGCUGCACGUGACUGGAUUCGCAGUAAUAGCGGUGUUUAGUGGGCUCAAACAUACUUACGCGAAUCAUUCAUGUCGAUCAAUGCGUGCAAUUCAAUGGGUCCCGAUCACGGAUUGUGUAGCGAGUUUGUUAUAUUGAACUAAUAAUGAAGAACGGAGAAUAAAGCACUCGUAAAUCACCGUUAA